AUGACAGGAAUUGGAAGAAAGAUCGAAGAAAAAUCACCAAACACAAUCGUUGUAGGUGUUGAUCCUGAAGGUUCCAUUUUAGCACUGCCUGAAGAAGAAGAAGAAGGCUUGGAUAGUGCAACUUCAUUAAUUCAAGCAGCCAAAAAUUUGAUGAAUGCAGUUGUAUUGACUGUUAAGGCCUCUUACGUGGCAUCAACGAAAUACCCAAGACAAACUGGAACUGUGGCGUCUCCGAUUGUGGUUUGGAAGAUGAAAGCACCGGAGAAAAAACCUUUGGUAAGACCAGAAAAACCAGAAGAAGUUCGAGCCAAGGUGAGAAAAGGCUCACAGAAGAAGGUUCAAAACCCUAUUCAUGCACUGUCAGAGUUUCAGAGUGCAACUGAAUCGAUAUAAUUUCCCAUGAUGAAAAUAUUCUCGAGAGUAAAAUUGGUACUUGGUACUGGUACAGGUGGCACCAUGACAGGAAUUGGAAGAAAGAUCGAAGAAAAAUCACCAAACACAAUCGUUGUAGGUGUUGAUCCUGAAGGUUCCAUUUUAGCACUGCCUGAAGAAGAAGAAGAAGGCUUGGAUAGUGCAACUUCAUUAAUUCAAGCAGCCAAAAAUUUGAUGAAUGCAGUUGUAUUGACUGUUAAGGCCUCUUACGUGGCAUCAACGAAAUACCCAAGACAAACUGGAACUGUGGCGUCUCCGAUUGUGGUUUGGAAGAUGAAAGCACCGGAGAAAAAACCUUUGGUAAGACCAGAAAAACCAGAAGAAGUUCGAGCCAAGGUGAGAAAAGGCUCACAGAAGAAGGUUCAAAACCCUAUUCAUGCACUG